ACAAAAAAGAAAAAAACCCGAACUGUCAAUCCACAGUAUUUAACCGUCAAUAGUUCAGCAGCCUUUUUCUUCUUGUUUGUCGACAAUUCAGAUUAAAUUAUUGAUUUUUUGGCCAAACCCCUUUACUCUACGAUGACAAAACCAGCCUUUGUUAUUAUCAAGGCUUUUUGUCCGUUGAUGAAGCAGAUGAGAAGGCUAGAACUGGACUUGUCUGGUUUAAUCUUUAAAAGCUUAUGUAAAAAGCUACAAAGCCAUUUUGGUCUGACUUGCGACUUUUACCUUACGUAUACUGAUGAAGAAAAUGACGAAAUCGUUUGCAGCAGCAGCGUUGAAUUGAAACAUGCUAUUGAGAAUAGUGCGAGCAUUGUUAAGAAUGUUGAUGGUGUCCCACGGUUUUUGCUCCGAGUCGUAAUCCACGAAUGUUCCGAGCAAGAUGGGUCCCCUUUGAACCAGGAUUUUAGCCGUCUCCCAUCGCCUCCGCCUUGUGAGCAAGUACCAACCCCCACGCCCCAAACCCUCACCACCACCAAGAACGACCAUGCAGAUGUGGCUACUGCAUUGCAGCAAUUUGCUGAUCUAUUUUCCCGAAAACUCGCGUCGACGCAUAUCACUGCACAGAUGGAUGCAGAUAUGUUUCUCACCGAAGAGGGCAAAAAGAUUGCCAACAGCCUCCUCCCUGACGGCAAGAAUGCCAAGUUUAACUCCAUCUUCAGUGUUUACGUUUACGAUAUUAUUAACGAUUUGAAGGCCCAACCCGCCUUGUUGAAAGCGAAUAUGAAUCAGUUGGCGACCCAGGUGCGCCAUAUUGCAGCCGAUAUUGUACGCGAUCUCCGUCCCCAGCAUGAAGACCCCCAGGUUGAAACCAAGUACGGAAUGAUUUGUGAUGAGUGCUUUAUUAACAUUAAAGAUUCGCAUUGGUAUUGCGGAACCUGUAAUAAUUUCCAUUUAUGCGGGGCUUGCCAAGCCCGGGUCAAUCAUCAGCAUGAAAUGCUCCAUAGUGUCCAAUCGGGUUCGCCCACCACUGUUUAUGUUUGUGAUGCCUGCCACUCGGAUAUUGUGGGCGAACGUCACACGUGCCAAGUGUGUCCAGAUUACGAUUUGUGUCAUCACUGUUUGUCCACUGCAAGCAACGGACAUCCCCACCAGUUUUCGACUAGCCUCCAUGCGGAGGCCGCACCUUCGACCAAUGUUCCCUCCACCGUUCCCUCCACCGCUCCUUCCGAUCCUGGAGCUGCAGCGCCUAUGCAUGAACAUGUCGUCUGUAACAACUGCCGUCGUCUAGUGAAAGGCGUUCGCUACAAGUGCGGCCAUUGCGCCAACUAUGACUUGUGCGAGCAUUGUGAACCACAAUCCCCUUCCAUUCACGACAGAUGGCACGUCUUUCUGAAGAUUCGGUACCCUAUUUGGCCAACCCCAAACAUGGUGCAGCCACUGCUUCCGGUGUUUCAUGAAAAGCGUUAUGGACCUCUUGAAGCUAAUCCCACCGCCGAUAAACCGGUCCCCUCAGCCGCCGUAGAGGAAAAAGAUGAACCUUCUUCCGCGGUCCCUUCCCCUCCCGCGGCCUCCACCUUGGAAACCCUCACUGAUUUAUCCUUUGAGCUCAUUGAAGACAUUGACUUGCCUGUGGAAACGGUCAAUCCGCAAGCCCGAUAUUUUAAAGUUUGGCGUCUAAAGAACAAUGGUCGCCGUAGUUGGCCUCUUAACACGAAGCUACUGUGUCGCGGGCCUGCUAUGUUCGUUCCUCUUUCCGAUGGUCAGUAUCAGACGUCGGCUGUACCCGCUUUGCAGCCGGAAGAAGAAGCCUAUGUGCUGGUGGAAAUACAAGCUCCGUCAGUCCCUGGACGUUACAAUACGAGGUUUGCCCUUGAAACGCCCGACAAGGGGCAGUUUGGCGAUUACAUCUGGUAUGAAAUCGAUGUCGCAUCGUCCGAGCUGCAGCCGUCCAUGAUCUAUCCCACGCUUCCAAGUGGUCCUACGAUUAACAGCAAUUCUGAGGAUAUGUAUUAUGCCGACUCGUUUCAGAAUCCAGAGGAUAACGAAAGCUACGUUCCCAGCCAGUUGACGAGCUCGCUGAAUUCACGUGCGGCUUCCGUUAGCGAUUUAUCCGAUCCCAGUUUGCAGCAAGAGGUCCCUCAUGCUGUAGAUUGUCAUCGUCCAUGUUUUAAUGAAGAGUUUGUUCUUAUCAAUGGUGAUUGCCCAAGUCCCAGCGAUAAAAGGCCUUCGAGUGACACCACCCCUGUGCCACUUGACAUCCGCUACCAUGCCCAGUUGACGCAAAUCCAUGAAAUGGGUUUAACUUAUUGCGAUCAACUGGCAUUACAUUUACUAAAGAUCCAUAAGGGUGACACCGAUAAAGUGGUGCCUCGUAUUUUGGAGAGUCUGUAUCCCGAGUAACGCUGGAUCCCGAAUAAUGUUGGAUCCGCGGAUUACCUCUUAGCAGAAUGUUUAGAAUCACUUUUACUGUAUAAUGGCGACGUUGAGGGUCUUAACCGUGUGAUAUACUAUAGCAUGCUUUGUAUAAAGUACCCCAAGAAACUCCUUCCAGCGCUUAUAGGAGGGGCCACUUUCUCUGGCAAUUUAACUAAAAAAUAAAACAGUGUUGCAACACCAUCCAGCAUUUUCAAUGCUAUGUGAAUCAGCUUUUCAUCAUUCGAUUACAUGCAUACGACG